AUGCCUAAUAUUAUCCAACCAAGUAAUUUUGAUGUAUUAUCUUCUGUAAAAAAAUCAGAAAAUAAUGAAAAUAGUAUAACUCGAAAUUCAUAUAAUACAGAAAGUUCAUUAAAAGAUAUCUCAUCAUUAUCCUCAACAUCAUCUUUUGGUACCCAUAAAAGUUCUAAUGCUUUUGUUAAAAUUAUACAAAAAUGUUAUUUUAAUUGGGCAAAAAUUGUAACAAAAUAUUCUAUUGCUAUUAUUAUUAUAUGUUUAGUAUUAACUGGUAUUGGAACAGCUAAAAUUAUUGUUACAAAAAAUGUAAAUGAUAUCACUGGUUAUACACCAUAUGGAGCACGGUCACGUUAUGAAAUGAAGGUAAGCCAAGAAUUUUCAGAUGAAUAUGGACGUGGACCGAUGGUAUUUUUAUCUAUCGUAUCAAAAGAUGGUGGUAAUAUGAUGAGACCUUGGUUAUUAAAGGAAGCGGUUAAAGUUCAUCAAUUGGUAAUGAAUAAUUUUACAAUUUAUAAUAAAGCAACUGGUUUUAAUGAAUCGUACAAAACCUUUUGUCAUGGCUUUUGUAAUAUUAAUGAACCUUUAGUUCAAUUUUAUAAUGGAUAUAAAUUUCAAUAUGAUUUAACUAAAAAAAAUGAAACAUUAAGUGAUCGAAUUAUUUUACAAUAUCCAAAAUCUCAAUUUUAUGGAAGAGAUUUUGGUUUACAAUCAAACUUUUUUGGUGUUAAAUUAAAAAAAAAAGAUGAAUUAAGUAAAAAUGAUAUUACAAAUCUUGAGUAUACUAAAAUGAUUGGAAUGUUUUAUAUUGCUAAAUUUAAAAAAGAAUGGACAGAAGAGGAUGUUAAAGAUUUUGAAUUACAAUUUAUAAAAUAUUUUACAAAAGAAUAUAAAUCAAAAUUUAUAAGAGUAUUACCAUUAUCAACAACAUAUGUUGAGUUAGAAGUUGUUAGAGCUGGAAUGGCAAAUGUACCAUAUUUAAGUCUUGGUUUUACUAUUAUGGUUAUUUGUUCAUGUACUACAGUAUUAAUAUCUUCAUAUUAUAUGAAUCAAGUUAGUAUUCAUAAAAUAUCACUUGCAUUUAAUGCAUGUGUUUGUCCUUUUAUGGCAUGUGGAACAGCUUUAGGUACACUUUUCUUUUGUGGUGUUAGAUUUGGAUCUGUUUUAUGUGUAACACCAUUUUUAGUACUUGCUAUAGGUGUUGAUGAUGCUUAUCUUAUGAUACAUUCAUGGCAAAAAAUUUGUAAAGAAAUGAGAAGAAAAAAUGAUCCAAAUGAUUCUGUAGAGAAACGUUUAGGAUUAGUUCUUCAAGAAACAGGACCUGCCAUAUUAAUUUCUGCUUGUACAAAUAUACUAGCUGAUUAUAUUGGAACAUUUACUGGGUCACCAGAGAUUACACUUCUUUGUGUCGGUAAUAUGUCCGCCAUAUUUGUCGAUUUUAUUUACCAAAUAACAUUUUAUUGCGCAAUUAUUUCUAUAGUUGGAAAAUAUGAAAUGAUAAAUGAAAGAUCACUAUCAAAUAAAUUAAGUAUUAGUAUUGGUGAUAUAGCUCAAAAUUGUAAGGUUGUCAAAGUAGGGCCUGUUAAAUCUAUAGAAAAACAAUCAAAAAAUAAUAAAAUAUUUAGAAAAUUUGUAAAAAAAGUAAUUAAUGGAUAUAUAAACAUAUUAACAAAUAUUUGGUUUAAUAUAUUAGUAAUAAUUGGAUGGAUUACAUUUUUAAUUUUUUGUGCCUAUGGUAUAACAAAUAUAAAAAUAUUACUUAAUAGUGAAAAAUUAUUUGCCAUGGAUUCACCAUUAAUUGAAAUAAAUCAGUUAAGAGAAAAUGUUUUAAUAAGAGAUUGUACACAAGCAUCAGUUUAUGUGACAACUUCAAUUGAUUUUAGUAAUCAACAAAAAUAUAAUAAUUUUAUGAAAUUUGUACGUGAAUUUGAAUCUGAUCCAUUAUCAUUAGGAAGUGAAAGUACUCAUUUGUUUCUUAAAGAUUUUCUUGAAUUUGAAAAACAUAAAGUUGAAUGGGAUAAUGAUGAAGAAAAUAUAGAAAACAAUUCUACAACAAAUAUAAUUCCCUAUGUUGAAAAAGAUAUAAUUGAAUUUUUAAAAUGGCCAGAAGAAGAACAUUGGAAUGGUUUUGUUAAACUUUCUAAUAAUAAUACUAAAUUGAAAAGUUUUUUUUUUAAUAUUUAUUAUCAUGGUGAAACAUUAUCAGAUUGGGUUGAGAGAGGUAAAUUAAUGGAUCGACUUCGUUCUAUUGUUGAUAAGUAUAAAAAAAGUUUUAAUGCAACAGUCUUUAUGCAUGAUGGUAUUUAUUUUGACUUGAUAGAUAAUAUGCCUCGUGAUGCAAUUGAAAGUUCAAUAGCAACAAUUAUAUGCAUGGGAUUAAUAUGUUCAAUGUUUAUGUUUAGAUUUAAACCAGUAGUAAUUGCAAUGUUAACAAUAGGAAGUAUUAUUAUUUUAAUGUUAGGUUCAUUAUAUUGGACUGGAACUACUUUAGAUCCUGUUAUCAUGGCAUCAAUUUUAAUUUCAAUUGGUUUUUCUGUUGACAUACCAGCUCAUGUUAUUUAUCAUUUCCAUGUAUCACAAUCAAAUCAAAUAGCAAAUAAUAAUGACAAGAAUAAGGUAAAGAUUAUAUUAAAAGAAGUUAUUACUUCGGUUGGAUUUCCGGCAUUUCAAGCAGCAUUAUCAACAAGUUUAUGUAUCUCUGUACUUCUUCUAGUUAACGUGUACAUGUCAAGAGCUUUCGUUAAAGUAAUGGUUAUUUGUUUAUCUCUUUGCCUAUAUCAUGGACUUUUGAUUAUUCCAACAAUUUAUGCAUUAAUUAAUCAUUUACAAAGGUUAAUUUCGAAACAAUGA